AUGACGAGCAACCCGCCUAAUUCGCAGGUUCAUUCAACGGCGGGAGCUGUUCCCGUCAAGAAUGAAAAAGGGCAAAUGUACAUGUUGAAGGUUAAAGUGCAGCGCUAUGUUGCCGGAAAAAAACCUGAUUUUGCCUCUAGUUCAAGUUCAGAAUCUGAACCAGAAAUUUCUAACCAAAAGGCUGAGGAAAUAAAAGCUUUCUCAGCACGUCAAGCUCUCGGAAAAAACAAAACUCGCGAACCAGACCGAGAUGAUGAUGAGGCCCAAUCCGGAGGUCUUACGGCCGUGGAUCUCGAAGAACCGAGACUCCGACGGCUUUUGAAAGCCAAGCAAUAUUUAUCAGAAAGUAGUGAUGACGAGGACGCUGAAGACAAACUUGCUCGUCACAAGAAAUAUCGACGCCUGGGAGAUCAUGGGGAAGACAGUGCGCAUGAGUCUGGGGAAGAACCUGAUGACGAGGAAGAUUUAGACGAGGCUGAGCUGGCACGCAGACGAGAGCUCAUACGUCGGAAAGCUCUUGCUGCUCGCCAAGCAACCGAAGAAAAGGCUGAGGGAGGGUGGGCAGAAGAGGGAAACGAGGCCGAGGCAGAUGACGAGGAGGAGUUGGAAUACUCUGAAGAGGAAUACACCAGCUCUGAGGAUGAAAUCGCGCCGAAAUUGAAACCUGUCUUCGUCCGUGCCUGUGAUCGGAUCACAUUGCAAGCCAAACACAAAGCCGAUCAGUUGGCUGAGGAGGCUGAAGCAGAAUCAAAGCGAUUAGCGGAGGAACGAAGAAAGACUACUUUAAAGCUCUUAGAAAGUGAACUCCGACGUGAAGCAGAGGAAGUACAUGCGAUUGAAGACGCUCUGGACGCGUUGGAUUCAGAUGAGGGUCAAGGAAAUCCUCAUGCUGAGCAAGAAGAAUACGAGAAGUGGAAAGUUCGGGAACUUAAACGUAUUCGACGCGACCGCGAACAGCGCGAAGCUGCAUUACAGGAGAAGAAUGAGAUCGAACGUAUCCGCCAGAUGACAGAUGAACAACGCCGCGAAGAAUUUGCACGAAACCCUAAAAAGAUUACAAACCAGGCCGUCAAGGGUCAGUACAAAUUUCUUCAAAAGUAUUAUCAUCGUGGAGCGUUCUUCGUCCACACCAUGGAAGACGAAGUUUUCAAACGGGAUUUUGCAGAGCCAACGCUGGAGGAUAAGUUCGACAAGACCAAGCUCCCAGCAGUCAUGCAGGUCAAAAACUUUGGUCGGGCUGGACGCACUAAAUAUACUCACUUGGUUGAUCAGGACACAACUGCUUUUGAGUCACCCUGGUCGGUAUCCAAUUUACACAACAUCAAGUUCCAGGCUGCUCACGGUGGUGGAUUCAAACAGGUGUUCGACAAACCGAUUGGUGGAAAACUGAAGAAAAAAACUGCAUAAAAUAGCUUUUUUCGGGACCUGUAUAUAGUAUGCUGUCAACCUUUAUCUUGU